CCGCGGCAUGAGCCCGGCGCGGCGGCCGCCGCGCGUCUGAGGCGCCGACAUGAACCUGCACCAGGUGCUGACGGGCGCCGUGAACCCCGGCGACCACUGCUUCUCCGUGGGCAGCGUCGGCGACCAGCGCUUCACGGCUUACGCGUCUGGAUGUGACAUUGUAAUUCUGGGAAGUGAUUUUGAAAGAUUACAGAUUAUCCCAGGAACGAAACACGGAAAUAUCCAAGUGGGGUGUGUUGACUGUUCAGUGCAGCAAGGCAAGAUUGCAGCAUCCUAUGGAAAUGUUAUCUCUAUCUUUGAACCAGUUAAGCUGCCAAAACAAACGAAAAAUUUGGAAUUUUAUAGUCAGUGGCAGAAAAGUGGUCAGUUUUUUCUGGAAUCAAUAGCACACAAUAUAACUUGGGAUCCCACAGGCAGUCGUCUGUUAACUGGUUCCAGCUGUUUGCAACUCUGGUCCAAUACUAACUUACCAAAACAAACUGAAGAUGAAAAUCCAGAUGGAACAGAUAAUAACUUUGAGGAUUGGAGGUGCAUUUGGCAUUGCAAAACUGCUUCACAAGUUCAUUUAAUGAAAUUCUCACCAGAUGGAGAAUUUUUUGCCACUGCUGGGAAGGAUGACUGUCUCUUAAAAGUAUGGUAUAAUAUAGAAAACUGGCGGACAGCUGUUACCUCUCCAGAUAGAAGUUCAGAAAAACAAUCCCAAGGAGAAAUUGACUUUUCUUUUGUAUAUCUGGCUCAUCCUCGAGCAGUAGAUGGAUUUUCCUGGCGUAAAACAAGCAAAUAUAUGCCUAGGGCUUCUGUAUGUAAUGUACUAUUGACCUGCUGCAAAGAUAAUGUGUGUCGACUUUGGGUAGAAACAUUUUUACCAAAUGAUUGUUUGUUGUACGGAGGAGACUGCAACUGUUGGUCUGAACCGAUUAAUUUAACAAAUAAUUUCAAAAGAAAUGCUUCCAGUAAAGAAAGAGUUCACAAUGCUCUAGAAAUAAACCUGAGGCAUUUUCGGAGAGGUCGGAGGAGGUCACUUGCACUUGUCGCGCAUACUGGCUAUCUGCCUCACCAACAGGAUGCACACCAGGUCCACAGGAACACUCCACUGCACGCCAAUGCACUCUGCCACUUUCAUAUUGCAGCCAGCAUCAACCCAGCCACAGACAUUCCACUUCUUCCAUCUAUAACAUCUCUGAGUUUAAGGGAAAAUCAAGAAGAGAGUGGACCUUUUGUAGUACACUGGUUAAACAAUAAAGAGCUGCAUUUUACUUUGUCUAUGGAAGUCUUCUUACAGCAACUUAGAAAAAGUUUUGAACAGCCAUCUUCUGAGGCCAGUAUGGAAGACUCCAAUCAGGCAGAUGUAAAAUCUGAUGAAGAAAUGGAUGAUGGUGCUGAUGAUCUGAAAAUAAAUCAUGAAAAGAAGGAACUGGGAGAAGAUAAAAUGGUACCAAACUCAAGUUUUGCACCAUUACCAUCAGCUGCCAUUGAUCAUGAGAUUGAAGUACUUCUGUCUGAAUGGAGCAAAAAUGCAGACAUGCUUUUCAGUAUCCAUCCCAUGGAUGGUUCUUUACUAGUUUGGCACGUAGAUUGGUUGGAUGAAUACCAGCCUGGAAUGUUUCGCCAAGUACAGGUGUCCUUUGUUUCGAGAAUUCCUGUAGCUUUCCCUACAGGUGAUGCAAACUCUCUCUGUAAAAGCAUAGUAAUGUAUGCUUGUACCAAGAAUGUUGACUUGGCUAUUCAGCAAGGGCGACAAAAGCCCUCUGGCCUCACUCGAUCUACAUCAAUGCUUAUCUCUUCUGGUCAAAAUAAAUCAUCUAAUAGCUUAAAAUUAAGUAUUUUUACCCCUAAUGUUAUGAUGAUUUCAAAGCAUGCUGAUGGCUCUCUGAAUCAGUGGCUAGUAAGUUUUGCUGAGGAAUCUGCUUUUUCUACAGUUCUUAGUAUUUCUCACAAAUCCAGAUACUGUGGUCAUCGUUUUCAUCUCAAUGACUUAGCUUGCCACUCAGUAUUGCCAUUAUUACUGACAACAUCGCACCAUAAUGCAUUAAGGACACCAGAUAUUGAUAACCAAAAGAAACCUCAUGAUAGUGUAAAUAUUGAAGAAUGUUCUCUGGUACACCAAAAUAAAAGCACUGCUGAUGUGGCAUUUCAGGAUCCCAAUGCAGUUUAUAGUGAGCUUAUUCUUUGGAGGGUUGAUCCAGUUGGGCCAUUGUCCUUUUCGGGAGGAGUGUCUGAGCUUGCCCGGAUCAAUUCUCUUCAUGUUUCUGCCUUUUCCAAUGUGGCAUGGCUUCCUACUCUUAUACCCAGUUACUGUCUCGGUGCAUACUGUGACUCUCCUAGUGCUUGCUUUGUGGCUAGUGAUGGACAGUAUCUGAGGUUAUAUGAAGCAGUCAUUGAUGCCAAGAAACUUCUGUGUGAGCUCUCCAACCCAGAAAUUUCUAAAUAUGUUGGGGAAGUGUUUAACAUUGUUAGUCAGCAGUCAACAGCCAGGCCAGGAUGCAUUAUUGCAUUAGAUCCCAUUACCAAACUUCAUGGCCGAAAAACCCAGCUUCUUCAUGUGUUUCAAGAAGACUUCAUUUUGAAUAACUUGGAGAAGAAAAGUCUGGGGAAAGAUAGCAUUCCAUCUGAUACAGGCAGCUUAUCUAAUGGAUUUUCUGAAAAAUUCUACCUGGUUGUGAUAGAGUGUACUCAGGACAACCGUUCACUGUUACGCAUGUGGAACUUACAUUUAAAGUCAAUUCCUGUCUCGUUGGAUGAAAGAAUAGAUAUGAAAAUUUCUGAAGUAGUUUGGCAACCAGAAGAACAUUAUUCUUCUUCUCCGGAGAAGAUCCCAACUCCAUUUGCACAGAAGUUUCAGGCUUGCAGAGCCAAUCUCCAGAGCACCAGCAAGUUGUCUCUGUGUUCUGAAAUGGUGUACAGCCAGGAGUUGCAGUUGCCUGAAGGAGUUGAGAUCAUAAGUGUGAAGCCAUCAGCAGGACAUCUGAGUUCUUCUUCUAUAUAUCCUGUAUGCAGUGCCCCUUACUUAUUGGCCACUUCGUGCUCGGAUGAGAAAGUAAGGUUUUGGAGAUGCCGAGUAACAGAUGGAGAACCUGCUACCUCAAAGAAUGGAAAAAUAGAUCUUACGUACAUUUGGGAAGAAUGGCCAUUACUUAUUGAAGAUGGACUUCAGAGCAAUAGUAGUAUAUCUGUACCGGGUAGGCCUGUAGAAGUUAGCUGUGCACAUACAAAUCGUUUAGCAGUGGCAUAUAAACAUCUUGCAUCUAAUAGUAGAUCUUCUCAGGACGUUGUGAUGCAUGUGAGUAUUUUUGAAUGUGAGUCUACUGGAGGCUCAUGUUGGGUCCUUGAACAGACAAUUCAUUUAGAUGAUUUAAGCACAAUGUUGGAUUCUGGCAUUAGCAUUGAUAGCAAUUUAGUGGCCUAUAAUAAGCAAGAGACCUAUUUAUUCAGUAAAGAAAGUAUCACAACAAACACAAAGCAUUUAGUUCACUUGGACUGGAUGUCUAGAGAAGAUGGUUCUCAUAUCCUGACUGUUGGAAUUGGAUCAAAACUUUUUAUGUAUGGACCUCUGUCUGGCAAGGUACAAGAACAUAUUGGUAAGGAGAGCCUAGCAUUUCCUCUGUGGGAGAGUACUAAAGUUGUGCCUCUUUCUAAAUUUGUCCUCUUACGAAGUGUGGACUUGGUUUCUUCUGUGGAAGGCUCCCCCCCUUUUCCUGUUUCUUUGUCGUGGGUCCGGGAUGGCAUCCUGGUGGUAGGAAUGGAUUGUGAAAUGCAUGUAUAUUCCCAGUGGCAGCCAUCUUCUAAACAAGAACCUGCCAGGACAGAUUCAUACGGUGGGAGCACUCCUUCUGUACUCAGCUUAGUAAGACAGAGCAACUCAUCAAGUUCUGGACUACAGCCUACAAAGAAAACUCUGACUCGAUCCAUGACUAGUCUUGCUCAGAAAAUCUGUGGGAAGAAGACUGCCCUGGAUCCUUCAGUGGAUAUGGAAGAUUCAGGACUCUUUGAAGCAGCUCAUGCACUUUCCCCAACCUUGCCUCAGUACCAUCCCUUGCAGCUUUUAGAACUGAUGGACCUUGGCAAGGUUCGGAGAGCAAAGGCCAUCCUGUCACAUCUGGUCAAGUGCAUUGCUGGGGAGGUUGUGGCUCUGAGUGAAGCUGAGUCUAAUCAUGAUCGCCGUCUAAGGUCUCUCACCAUCAGUGCUAGUGGAAGCACUACCAGAGACCCCCAGGCGUUCAACAAGACUGACAGUACGGAUUACACAGAAAUAGAUUCUGUUCCUCCACUUCCUUUAUAUGCCUUGCUUGCAGCAGAUGAUGAUAGAUGUUACUCAUCUUUGGAGAAAUCCAGUAAUGAGAGUUCCUUCAAUAAAUCAAACCAAUUGUCCAAAGAAAGUUAUGAUGAGCUUUUUCAGACUUCAGCUCUAAUGCCUGAUAUUCAUGUGUUAGAAUCAGGGGAAGAAAAUACAAAACCCAGAGUCAUUGACCUUUCGCAGUACAAUCCGACUUACUUUGGACCUGAGCAUGCUCAGGUUCUUUCUGGCCACUUACUGCAUUCCAGUCUACCAGGACUCAGCCGGAUGGAGCAGAUGUCUCUGAUGGCCUUGGCUGACACAAUUGCAACAACAAGCACUGAUAUUGGAGAAAGCAGAGACAAAAGCCAAGGUGGAGAAACGCUUGAUGAAUGUGGGUUAAAGUUUCUUCUGGCUGUUCGGCUCCAUACCUUUCUUACAACUUCCCUUCCAGCCUGUCGAGCCCAACUCCUUCGCCAAGGCCUGUCUACCAGUCAUUUUGCUUGGGCAUUUCAUUCAGUAGCAGAAGAAGAACUGCUGAACAUGUUGCCUGCAAUGCAGAAGCAUGACCCCACCUGGUCUGAAUUAAGAGCCAUGGGUGUGGGGUGGUGGGUCCGGAAUAAGCGAAUCUUACGCACAUGCAUAGAAAAAGUAGCCAAAGCAGCCUUUUAUAGAAAUAAUGAUCCUUUAGAUGCUGCCAUUUUUUACCUUGCAAUGAAAAAGAAAGCUGUUAUCUGGGGAUUGUACAGAUCUCAGAAGGACACUAGAAUGACACAAUUUUUCGGACACAAUUUUGAGGAAGAGAGGUGGCGUAAAGCAGCUCUGAAGAAUGCAUUUUCUUUGCUAGGCAAACAAAGAUUUGAACAUUCUGCAGCAUUUUUUCUUUUAGCUGGUUGUCUGAGAGAUGCAGUUGAGGUAUGUCUUGAGAAACUGAAUGACAUUCAGUUAGCUCUUGUAAUAGCAAGACUAUAUGAGUCUGAAUUUGAUAAAUCUACAACAUACAAAUCAAUUUUACGGAAAAAAGUUUUGGGCAUUGAUUCUCGUGUCAGUGAACUUAGUUCAUCGGACAUAAGUGUGCAUUGUGAUCCAUUCCUUCGGAGUAUGGCAUACUGGAUUUUGGAAGAUUACAGUGAUGCUCUGGAAACGUUAAUAAAGCAACCAGUGAGAGAAGAUGAUGAUCAAGUCUUGGUGUCAGCCUGUAAUCCUGCAGUUUUUAAUUUUUAUAAUUACCUAAGGACACACCCUGUUUUGCUGAGACGUCAUUUUGGAUCAUCUGAUACGUUUUCCGCACAGCUGGGUUUACCAGGACAGAGUGGAUUGGCAGGAACCAUUAGUUUGAGUGAAAGAAGGUUAUUCUUUACUACUGCUAGUGCUCAUCUAAAAGCUGGCUGUCCUAUGUUGGCCUUGGAAGUAUUAUCAAAGAUGCCCAGAGUCAUCAAGAAAAUAAAACCUUUUUGUAGAGCAUCUGGUUUUCUGGAUAGUAGUAAAGAUUCUUCUCCAGUGAAACUGGAUGCAAAAGAAGAUAAAUCUUCUGCAAUUAACUGGUCCCAGUCACUGACAAAUGGUUUUGACUCUUCUUCAGAGGGCUCUUCGGAGAAGCAAUCCAACUCCACUCUUUCUUUUGAUUGGAGCCAGCCAAGUGUUGUAUUUCAGGAUGAUUCUUUAGAGUUAAAAUGGGACAGUGAUAAUGAUGAAGAAAAUGAGGAUCUCCCUAUUUGCAUGAAAGAACUGAAACCAUUACAGAGAAAAGUAGAUGCAAAAUUAGAUGAAGUAAGCAGUUAUACAGACUCUUUUAGCACCCUAGAUGAAAAUGAUAUUUUAAAUCCAUCAGAAGAUAUAAUUGCUGUUCAGUUAAAAUUUAGAGCAUGUUUAAAGAUUCUCACAGUAGAACUUCGUACUUUAUCUACUGGCUAUGAAAUAGAUGGUGGAAAAUUACGUUACCAAUUAUACCACUGGCUUGAGAAAGAGGUGGUAGCUCUUCAGAGGACAUGUAACUUUUGCUCAGAUGUGGAAGAACUGCCCACCACAGAUGGCAAAAAUAGAGAUGAAUUUGGAUUCAGCAAGGACGCUGAUGGUUUGCACCACCAAACAAAAGCGAAACAACUGAGAGAGAGUUUUCAGGAAAAGAGACAGUGGCUCUUGAAAUAUCAGUCACUCCUGAGAAUGUUUCUUAGUUACUGUAUACUUCACGGCUCCCAUGGUGGGGGUCUUGCAUCUGUAAGAAUGGAACUGAUUUUGCUUUUACAAGAAUGUCAGCAGGAAACAUCAGACCCACUGUUUCCUAGCCCUCUGUCAGAGCAAACCUCAGUGCCUCUCCUCUUUGCUUGUACAGCCAGUGCCAAAACAGUAGUUGCCAAUCCAUUAUUGCACCUUAGUAAUCUGACACACGAUAUUCUACAUGCCAUUAUAAACUUGGAUUCACCACCUCAUCCAGAUAGCCAAAGCAAUAAAGUAUAUGUAAUGCAUACUUUAGCAGCCUCACUUUCUGCUUGUAUUUAUCAGUGCCUUUGUGGUAGUCAUAACUACAGUUCAUUUCAGACAAAUCAGUUUACUGGAAUGGUCUAUCAAACAGUACUGCUUCCCCAUCGACAUUCUUUGAGAACAGGAAGCUUGGAAGAAGCAGUCACUCCCAACACAGCACCAGCUCAAUGGCCAGGAAUAACUUGUCUAAUUCGCCUUUUGACCUCUUCUGGUGAGGAAGCCCAGUCAGGACUUACGAUCUUGCUCUGUGAAAUUCUCACGGCAGUCUACCUUAGUCUCUUCAUCCAUGGCCUGGCCACACAUUCUAGCAAUGAACUCUUUCGGAUUGUGGCCCAUCCUCUAAAUGAAAAAAUGUGGUCUGCAGUAUUUGGUGGCGGGGCCCGUGUGUCCAGCAAAGAACAGGCUCACGCAAAAGCUUUACCUGUGUCCUCACUAGUGGAAGAAGGAGAAAAACAAAACAAACAUUUUAGGCCAUCCAAAACACCUUGCCAAGAAUCUGCUCUUCUGACCUCAUCCUCGCCACCCAUAGACACAGAGUCACCGGCCGUUAAAGAGAAGUUCAUCCCCCCAGAGCUCAGUAUCUGGGACUAUUUCAUAGCCAAGCCUUUUCUACCCCCUUCCCAAAGUAGACCAGAAUAUGACUCAGAGGAGAGUCUGGAAAGUGAUGAUGAUGAUAACGAAGAUGAUGUGUUAGCUUCAGAUUUUCACCUUCAAGAGCAUUCUAACUCAAAUUCAUAUAGUUGGUCUUUGAUGCGGUUGGCUAUGGUACAAUUGGUGCUCAACAAUUUGAAGACUUUCUAUCCCUCUGCAGGUCAUGAUCUUGCAGAGCUUCCAGUCAGUUCACCUCUUUGUCACGCAGUUCUGAAAACUCUUCAGUGUUGGGAACAGGUUCUUCUCCGACGUCUUGAAAUUCAUGGUGGACCACCUCAAAACUAUAUCUCGAGUCAUACGUCUGAAGAGAGUUUGUCUGCAGGCCCUGCAAUUCUCCGCCAUAAAGCUUUACUGGAACCUACAAAUACUCCUUUCAAAUCCAAACAUCAUCUAGCACUAUCUGUGAAAAGGCUUUGGCAGUAUUUGGUGAAGCAGGAAGAAGUUCAAGAAACGUUUAUCAGAAAUAUAUUCACAAAGAAACGAUGUCUGAAUGAGUCAUUAGAGGACAGCAGUGAAACCAUCAAAAAUUCUAUGAUGGAGGAGCCAAACAUCAAUAAGAUAGAAGCAGACUUGGGAUAUCCUGGAGGUAAAGCAAGAAUUAUCCAUAAGGAAUCUGAUAUCAUUACUGCCUUUGCUGUUAAUAAAGCAAAUAGAAAUUGCAUAGCUAUCGCCUCUAGCCAUGAUGUUCAAGAACUGGAUGUUUCUGGAAUUCUGGCUACACAAAUAUAUACUUGGGUAGAUGAUGAUGUAGAAAUGGAACCCAAAGGGUCAGAAGAUUUCUUGGUCAUCCAUGCUCAUGAUGACUUAACAGCUGUUCAAGGUACAACUCCAUAUACACAUAGCAAUCCUGGCACCCCAAUCAACAUGCCAUGGCUUGGUAGUACCCAGACUGGCAGAGGAGCAUCCGUGAUGAUUAAGAAACCCAUUAAUAAUGUCAGAAGAAUGACUUCUCACCCAACUCUUCCUUACUACCUGACUGGAGCUCAGGAUGGCAGUGUCAGAAUGUUUGAAUGGGGCCAUUCUCAGCAGAUAACUUGUUUUCGGUCUGGUGGCAAUUCAAGAAUUACAAGAAUGAGAUUCAACUACCAAGGAAAUAAGUUUGGAAUAGUGGAUGCUGAUGGAUAUUUAAGUUUGUAUCAAACAAACUGGAAAUGUUGUCCGGUUACUGGGAGCAUGCCCAAGCCAUACCUGACCUGGCAGUGUCAUAACAAGACGGCCAAUGACUUUGUCUUCGUUAGCUCUUCCUCUCUGAUAGCUACAGCUGGCCUCUCCACCGACAACAGAAACAUAUGUUUGUGGGAUACUCUUGUAGCACCUGCCAAUAGCUUAGUUCAUGCUUUUACCUGCCAUGAUAGUGGAGCCACUGUUUUAGCAUAUGCUCCCAAACAUCAACUACUGAUAUCCGGUGGCAGAAAAGGCUUCACGUGUGUAUUUGACCUUCGACAACGCCAGCAAAGGCAACUCUUUCAGAGUCAUGAUUCUCCUGUUAAAGCUAUUGCUAUUGAUCCAACUGAAGAGUACUUUGUUACAGGGUCGGCAGAAGGCAAUAUAAAGAUCUGGAGUCUUUCUACCUUUGGUCUUCUCCACACUUUUAUCAGUGAACAUGCUCGGCAGUCCAUUUUUAGGAAUAUUGGGACUGGUGUGAUGCAGAUUGAGACGGGACCAGCAAAUCACAUUUUCUCUUGUGGAGCUGAUGGGACAAUGAAGAUGAGGAUACUGCCAGACCAGUUUAGUCCCUUUAAUGAGGUGUUAAAAAAUGAUGCAAAACUUGUGCUGUAGCAGAAAAGCUUAUAACUUAUUACUUGUUUGAUGGAUGUGGCCAACAAAAGUAAUGUCCAUUGUGCCACAAAUAAGCCACUGCUUCCUUGUUUCUGUAUCUAUGGAGCUUUCUCCCACGCACUGAUGCCUUAAAAAUUAACAAAGUCACUCAAAUUAGAUCAUAUUGCCUAAUGUAGGAUGGAUAAGCAGUGCGGUAACCAUUCCUGUUUAUAGUCUAUUAUAGUGUGUUAGAGUCAAAGGAAUUCUGUUUUCUUACUGGUGACACACUUCUGCAAAUACCUCUGCAUGACAUUAAGUAAAGGCAGUUGCACAUAAUCCAUAUCACUUAAUUUGCAAUGUUCUCACUUCUUUUAUCGGACUUAUACCUCUCUAACUCUUCCCUUAAUUAGUGACGGAUCAAUAUUUGAGUAAGAAUCAGACACAUAAUUAAAUCUCUGUUGAAACUGUCCUUGGGACUUGGGUGAUUAAGGAGCCGAGUGGUUUAUUAAGUGUCAGGUUCUCAACAGUGCCCUCAGGAGCCCAGCUGUAUGUGUGUAACUGUUUGUGUGUGUGUGUGUGUUACACAUCUUGUUUGAAUUUAGUUUCAUAUAUAUAGUAUAUACAUAUAUAUAUAUAUAUACAUAUAUAUAUAUAUAUAUACACACACAUAUAUAUACGUGUGUGUAUAUCUAUAUGUACAAAUCUACAAAAUUUUCAUGUGUUUUUGUGCCAUAAUGACUGCUAUCAGAAUAGCAACUUCUUUAGCAACUAUGUUUUUCCAUUACUUUUUUUGAAUUCCCAUCCUCAUUUUAUUAAAAUAAAUCUUCAGACUUCCAAGAGUAUUAUUUUAAAGAUUACACUGAGUAAAACAAAUCUUACUAGGAAAUAUUUUCUGUUGAUACUUAUACUUACGAGUAAGUUUGUGAGUUUGUCAGAGUUUUGAGCAUCAAACACUUAAAUUUUAUUUUUACCUUAUUUCUCACAUUUUUAGGUGCUUUCAUUCUCACAGUUCUGAAAACCUUAUAGCAGUGUUUUUAGAAACAAAUGUGAAAAGAGUCAGUAGAUAGUAUUCACAAAUGUAAAAUGCCCCCCAGAGCUACCAUUAAUAGAAAAUAAACCUUAUAUUUUAUUAUUUUGCCAAAAUAUAUUAUUUUAUUAUUAAAUAUGACCAAAAUAUUUAAAAUGCACAAUGUUUUUAACUUAACUAUGCUUAUUCUAUUUCUGUCUGUUUUGUGCUAUUCCCUUUCUGAUUCAGAAUUUUAGGAAACUUGAUAAAUACUUGAUCUUAACAAAGGAGACUGAGGUAGAAACAACUAAGUAUAUACGGAAGUAUUGUAUGCUGUUUAGCCUAAAUUUAUUUUGUUUGGUUGGAACUAUAAAUUAAGAGCAUUUUUAUGUAAUGAAAUAUGGACAGUUGUUAUAUUGAAAAUGAAAGAGUCAAAUAAAGCAAAGAAAUGAAGGGCUGGCAAAAUGAAUUUUGUAAUAUCCUCAGGAUACUUUUGUUAUAAAAGUAUAUUGCUAAAGAUUUUGUAAAUUGUAUUUCAUAAUUUUAAAUGUAUUGAGCAGGUUGCAGUGAUAACACUGUCAUUAUACAGAGAGUUUAUUUGCACAGUGGGUCACGCACUAGCAUAUUCCAUGGGGAAAUCUGUGACAACAUCGCAAACAAUUCUGCUGUUUGCUGUAGUUAGCUUAAGGUAUUUUUCUGUGAUUUCUUCACAAAUCAAGAUUCAAAAGGCUUUAAACACUAUUGUUCAAUGAGAUAGACAUUUUACUGUUGUGCUUGCUAGGACAAAAGGCAUUGGGAAAGAAACUAUGAAGCAUUUUAAUGAGGAUUUAUAUGAAUAAACCAUAAAUUAUGUAAGAUCAUAUGUAUUUACAUUCAGAGUCAUAAUAUUUUAAAUAAAUAAUCAUGCAGUUA